UGUCCCUCGGACACAGUGUAUCGCUGAUCAAUGGAAAGAGCCGAAGAUGUUGGCUCGGUCAUGUGAUCAGCUGUGUCACUGAUGAUCAGUGUGCCCUGAUGAUCAGUGUUGCCCCCGUAGUGCCACCUGUCAGUGUCCAUCAGUGCCAGCUGUCAGUGCUCAUCAGUUCCUCGUGCCAGUGCCCAUCAUUGCCACAUCAAUGCCACAUAUCAGUGCCUACCAGUGCACAUCAAUGCCACAUAUCAGUGCCCAUCUGAGCUGCCUUUCAGUGUUACCUAUCAGUGCCAGUCAGUGCCACCUAUCAAUGCCAGUCAGUGCUACCUAUCAGUGCUGCCAGUCAGUG